AUGACAUCAUCAAAAGGCGCUCCAGAUCAUCAUUAUUUACGCGAUGUCGUUUUGAAUCCAUCAAAAUCUGUAACCUAUCGUCCGAUUCCGAACAAACAAAUGGCCGAAGUGACGGUUACCAACAACGAGGCGACUCCAAUCAUUUUCAAGUGGAAAUCAACGAGACCCGGAAUGUAUAAAAUGCGACCAGUUUAUGGAGCAUUGGCACCUGGUGAUAAAGCUGAUAUUCAUUUGUUUUGCAGAGGUGUUAAAGGUAUUCCCCCUAGUUUCUAUAGAAGGUUCCCCAAAAAAUCAAUAAUUUCCAGAUAUCGCCAACACUCCGACAACCGAUCGAUAUACUUGUGUUGUAGCAGCAACACCAACCGCCAACGUGAAUGCCGAAAAUAUUUGGAGCAAUCAUAAAUAUCAGGAAAAAUUGGCGGGAACUGGAAAAUUGCGAAAAAUCAAACUGGCGAUUGUUUAUCUGGGAAUUAAUGAUAAAGAUGAAGGGGCAGAGGAGGAAGAUGAAAAAGAUCGAACCGGAAAAAUACGGGAUAAGAAGAAAGACAAGGAAACAAGAAAGAAAGCGACAUUGCUCAUGUUUACUCGAAAAGAAGGAGAUUCCGCCAGUGGUGAAGAUGAUGGACAUGAAGAAGCUUGUGCAACAACAGUUGCAUCGAAAAAUCUGAUGGAUUUAUUGAAACCUGUUAAAGAUGCUGGAGUUUUUCAAAAUCAGCCGCUGGCAAAUAUUCCACAGCCAAUUGUUGGAUUUCAACCUGCUGCCGCACCUGCUGCGAAAGCUUCUCAAGGUAGCUUCUUGAAAAGUAGAAGCUGAAAAAUCUUUUUUUUUCCAGCAUCACAUUCUGCCACAAACAUUCCAAUCCACUCAUCUGGCUCUAAAGAUGCUCGGAGUUUUGCGGCUGCAACAAGUCCUGGAGGAAUUCCGCCAACUCAAACAAAAAAAUGCGAUGUGAUUAGCAGAGCGAUGUUCUGA